ACCGGCUGUACCUGUAGGACAUAAAGUGGAGUUGGGACUUGAAGGCAACGUUUGGCUGUGGGCCAGUGAUGCCGGACACAUUCACACUCAUAAAGAACCGGACAGAACCACGGCUGGGACAGCCGGAGCGCACACUGGCCACAGUUGGGAGUGCCCGCCCGACCUGGGUCAUAGCAGUCCUGGCCGGUGUAUUGAUCUUCACCACGGUGGUGGAUGUGCUGGGGAAUCUGCUGGUGAUCAUAUCGGUGUUUAGGAACCGCAAGCUGAGGAACUCUGGGAAUGUGUUUGUGGUGAGUCUGGCAUUUGCUGACCUUGUAGCAGCCUUUUACCCCUACCCACUGGUUCUACAUGCUCUCUUCCAUGAUGGAUGGGCACUUGGAAACACCCAGUGCAUGGUCAGCGGUUUUCUUAUGGGGCUGAGUGUCAUCGGAUCCAUUUUCAACAUCACCGGUAUUGCAGUGAACAGAUACUGCUACAUCUGUCACUCAUUCUCCUACAGUCGGCUGUACAGCUAUCGCAACACUAUGCUGUUUGUUGCCUUAAUUUGGCUGCUCACAAUAGUGGCCAUUGUCCCUAAUUUCUUCGUUGGCUCCCUACGUUAUGAUCCUCGAGUCUAUUCCUGCACCUUCGCCCAGAAUGUCAGCAGUUCUUACACAGUGGCAGUAGUGGUGGUUCACUUUCUGGUUCCCAUUGCGGUGGUUACCUUUUGUUAUCUCCGCAUCUGGGUACUUGUCAUUCAGGUGCGGCGUAAAGUGAAGGCUGAGGAGAGCCCUCGCCUGAGACCAAGUGACUUGCGGAAUUUUAUCACCAUGUUUGUUGUCUUUGUGCUGUUUGCCAUCUGCUGGGCCCCGCUCAACCUGAUUGGCUUGGCAGUGGCCAUAGAUCCAUCCCAUGUGGCUCCUCGUAUCCCUGAGUGGCUUUUUGUGGUCAGCUACUUCAUGGCCUACUUCAAUAGCUGUUUGAAUGCCAUCAUCUAUGGCUUGCUCAACAAGAAUUUCAGGAAUGAGUACAAGCGCAUCAUCUCCUCUGUCUGGGUGACUCGGCUUUUUGUGACAGAAACUUCGCGAGCUGCCACGGACGGCAGGAGCAUGAAGAGCAAGCAAUCACCACCACCGCCACUCAACAACAACGAGUCAGACAGAGAUCGCAUAAACAAAAUAUGAAAUCUGGAUCUCUGGGCCUGUUAAAUGGUAAUUCCUGGUUUUAUGUGACCUUUUGUGCAGCUAAAGAGUAACUGGUGAAACUAGGAUACAUAUAGCUUGGUUUUCCUUUGGUAGACAUCAAAUAUCAGGGUGCAAGCGAACAUGUUACUACCAUUAAUAUGUUUUUAUAUUUUGGAUAAAGAUAAAAGUUUAACAACUUUGUUAAAGUACUAAAUGAGGAUGAGUUUACAAGUUUCCUCUGUGAUUUGCACCCAUUAUUGAUAAUUUGCCCUGUGAGAACUGAGCUGUGCUUUACAGUUUCAUGUUGUUCUCUAAAACAAUCCAAAUUAUACAUUAAUAUUACAUUAAAAUGUAAUAUCCUUUAAUGUCAGUUCCUUUAGUACCUACACCUUCCUUUAGUAACUUCAAAAGCCUCAAACAGCUUGCCUCUAGAUGGCUAAAUGCCUGAAGAGGAGAACAUGAUGUCUGUUUAUCUGCCUGUAAUGUACAAUAACCAUCUGAUGGGUUUUUAACAUGGUGACAUCGAAGUGGUCAGAAUUGCACACUAAGCUUAAAUGCGGCAGCAGCACAUACUUCAUGCUGCCUCAUCUGAUCCUCUCAUAUAGCAAAGAGAAAGAAACAAAAAACUUCAAGCAAAACUAACGCCAAACUAUGUAAGAUGUGCUAAUCAACAUGGUUGUUUCAGUUUUUGAAAGUCCCAAAACAACUGGUGCAUGAGAUGAAGCAGGCAGAGGACACCUCCAUACACACAGCAUCUGCUAUUGCUGCUGUAUCCAUCAGUUUUUAUAUCACCUGUGCUUCUCAGCUGCUGCAGUUUGACCAUUAAAUAACUUUACUGCCAUACCAAUUUACAGGACAGCUUUGAUCCUGUCUUUCAAAUAAAAUAUGUUUUCCAGCAAUGAGCAAAAACAAUGCAAAAUAAAGAAAAAUAACCAGCUUAAUUCCAGGAAGAGUAAAUGUUGACUACUGACAUUAUUCUUCAAACGUUUGUAAUUUCCAGUCUGAUGUCAAUAAAUCAUAAUAUAGUUAAUUGAAUACAUUAGAUGAUGCCUCUAAGUACCUAAUUUACUGUGCUGGGGGUGCACUAUGAGCUUCAUACAGAGCACAAAAACAAUAUCAGCACACUGUAUACUGUGCCACUCUUUGCAGAUGUUUAAUAAAAAAUGUCAAUA